AUGCUCCUUAGAGUUAGUUUGAGACGCUGCUCGAACGAAAACUGCUUCAACAGCAAAAAAGAAAGUAUUAUCACGACAGAGCAGCUGUACGUCCACCCCUCCAAAAAAUACUGUGAUAAGUGCACUGAAGAGGGUCUUGACUAUGUGCACACAGACGACAUUGUGUUCAACAAAGAUGGAAGAUGGCAGAGCAAAAUUGAGGCAGAGAAACAGGCCCUGGUGGAAGAGUCGCUUUUUCUGCAAAAAGUCAAAAGGAGAGGAUUUGCGCGCACAGGCUCUUCUUUCUACGGGCUCUUCUCAAAGAAAGAGUACAACCCAAACGAAACCAUAGGAUUUAUCGGGGGAGCUCUGAGCAGUGUCAGCAUGCUCGACGGAGGAUCUACGAAAAAGUCCAAGAGCCCAAGCAGAUGCUUUAUCUUCCGAGAAAGCGGCCUGGUCCUCGACUCCCGAAGAAGCGGAAACCUUGUGCGGUUUAUCAGGAGAUCCUGCAGGCCCAACGUAGCCAUUUCCCUGGAGGCGUGCGAGAAUGGGUGGAAGGCCCAGCCUCCUCUCAAGAAAAGCCCGUUCCUUGUGAACCCUAUCCGCGCAAAGCUAUACGCAAUCUCGCGCAUUGAAAACAGCGGCGAGCUCUUUAUAGGAAGCAGAUACUCCUCCUAUAGCGGCGAGCACUGGGCGUCCUCAGAGCUUGGGCUUGCGCCAGAAGAUCUUGUAGAUACGUGUGCGUGCACUUCCAGCUGGAACUGUCUUUUUGAAAAUAAGCCGUUUAAAGAGAAGGCAAGGAAGAUGCGAAUCAAAUCAAAAAUUUCGUCUUUAUUUGUAAAGAUGCAGAAAUACAUGAAAGAAAAGGCGCCAUUUACCACCUCCGACAUGGCAUAUGUUCUGAAUCAUAAAUGUACUUUUAUGCAAAUGGUCUAA